AGAGAAAGAUAACCACCGCCGCUUGAAAUGCGACCUGUACACACAGGUUACUUGCAUAUUUCGCGACUUCGUUUUUAAUGACAGAUCGUCCAACGAGUCUCUUGCCUGUAAAUGCUCAUUGUCAUGCGACAGUCGACGAGCUACUUGACUGUUCAUAUUAUUCUAUAUACGUCGGAACCGCGCCGACGCCGAUCGUCACACGAAUGUCUCUUAUUUAGCCUCGAGAGAUUCGGAUGGUCUAAAGCUUGAUUUCGAAAUUUGAUCCAUCAGAGUUAUUCAAUUACCUAAAAAGGUUAAAGGUCAAUUACCUAAAAGUUAUUCAAUUACCUAAAUUACUCCAAAUAUUUGACAUUACUAUGCGAUUCAGUGUAGAGACUGAUUCGUUAACUUGAUAAAUCGACAUACAGAGAUACACGUUACCAAGAUCGACGGGGCUUUCGGCACGACAAAGUAGCGAAGGGAACGGUAUGUAUACGUCGGUGGAAUUUAGCUUGAAACGUCUCGAGAAUCAGGAAAUCCUCGAGAAACUCGUCAGACCCUAAGUCGGUCGUUCAGAUGUUCUUGACGGAAAUGAAGAUGGUACACUUUUAAGGGGAGAGGGGGCUUCAAAGAGGUGGGAAGAGUUGUGCCCUAUUUUGUUAGAAAGGAAACGGUGAUUACAGUCGCUGCUUCCACCAGCCCUCAGUUUUCUGAGGACAGUAUAUCUGAGCGCGUUGCAGCUGCUUGUCUGGAAUUCCUUGGAGAAACUCGUUUCAGUAUUAUCAUCGAGUUCCUACGCGGAAGCAGCUGGCCGGUCCGCAUCGUGAGAUCAAGGCGGAACAUAGACUGGAGCAAUUGAGGAAGGCGACAGACAGAAUACAGAGAGAGAUCGAAGAGGUCACCGAGAGGGAACACGAACUGCGGAACGUAGGCAGCAUUAAAACUACAUCCCACGAAACGGUAGACUCCAAGGUGCGACGUAUGCCGCAAGCGCUAGCCUCAGGCAAGUUAAAGAGGACAACGUCUACGCCCCAGAUUCUGGAAGCGGUGAGCUUGAACCCGCUGUCGUCAAACCUGACGCCAAAGAUGACAAACGGCGUGAUAUCUACGCGUACAACCCCGACGCCGUUGCGUUUCGCCAGCGCGCCAAGCCAGAAGGGUUUGAUGCACAGGUUCCUGGCUACGCGGGGAAAGAUCUACAGCAAGAACAAAUCGGGGACUAAUGACCUUCUGAGUCCACCCAUAACACCCACUAUCACGCUCAAUCCUCUGAGUAUCAAGGCCUUGAACCGAACGCUGGAGAUACAACUGGAGCCGGACGAUGAGCCGAAGAAACCACCGGCGAGGAAGGGAUACGUGCCGGUCGAACAGAAGAUCCAGAAAGAGCUGCAUGAUAUGAAAGAACGCGAGAACGAACUAAGACUGAUGAGGUCGCAGAUGUUGGCAAAAUCUCAGCCGAAUUUGCUUGAUAUAGGAAACGAUAAUGAUUCUGACAUUUACGACGGCUCUAGUUCACUUAGAAGCGGUACUUCUACUAAUACUUUGAACGAGGACGAAAUUGAGAGAGAGCACAAAGGGAAGCAUAAGCCUAAUCCACGACGUCGUAGCACGCUUAUCGCACAAUGGGAGAAUCUGAUAGCCGCAAAGAAAGAAUCCGUCGAGAACAACGAAAGCGACAAUUAUUUUUAAAAGUUUUAUAGCGCCCAGAAUGUGCUUGUUAGUAACAAUUUCGUUCUCACUUUUAUCCUGUCGUAAACGUAAUUUACGUAAACGUUCAAUUGUAAAUUGAUUAUUCGGUUGAAUAUCACAGUAAGCAUUCGUACUGUAACUAAGGUUACUUUGCCAUUCUUGAAGCGCAUAUCAAUCGAUUACGAUGAAUCUGUAUCUCAAUUUUCUUGUUUAUCUUGUCUAUAUAGUUUAUUUACGAACGAGCGAUUUCGUUCGAACAAUUAUAGAAGUAUAUCGUUAAUUAGAAUAAUGUAUAAAUGCAUAUCUCGCGGCUGCAUGUUUUCAGUAUUAAGUUACUAUAGCUAACCGUAAUUAUUAGUAAUAUAACUUUUUACGAAGUUGAAGAAUCUUCCUACAAAAACUUAGAGCUAAUUUUGUUUUUUUUUUGUUACGUUAUCGAUGAAUUGUAAUUUGAAUACAAUAUAUAAAGUAUUGUCAUUCAUAAAUGACUGAAAAUUUUUAUAUACAUGUCCAAUAUGGAUAUGUGGGUUUGAAAUGCCCACGAUUGUUAAAACCUUACAUGCAAAUAAGUAGAAAAAUUGGAAUUUGCAAAUCUUUUCACUUAUCAAAUUCGGCAUAUAUGAAGAAUUCUGUAUAUAUAAAAAGUGUACCUGUGCUUCUCUAAUUAUACUGGUUUUAUUUCGUCUAA